CGCUCGGCGCCAACUUCUACCGCCAAACCCAUUCCCGCCAUUCACCAAGCGCGCCAAUCUUUUCCCUCCCGUCCCGCCAGAUCCCCAACCCUAACCUCCAUUUUCCCUCCCAUUUAAACCCUAAACUUCAAUCCUCCAAACAGCAAACCCAAAUUCUCUUCCAUCCUCAUUCCCCCCACCACCUGCUUGUUUUAAUUCCCCAGAGAAGCCCAUAUCGCCGUUACCUAUUCCCGAUCAUGGUAGUCGCUCUCCGUCCCGCUAACUUCUACGGCAGCAGCCUCCCUCGCCCUCGCUUCUUUGACCACAGCAGCCACCCCGGCCCUCGCAUCUUCGAUGAUCUAACUGAACGCGUCGAUCCUCCUGUCUCAGUCAUGGAUCCUUUCCUCUCCUGGGCUCAUGAAGCUCACUGGUCCAUGGGAGGCCUCAACACCCAGCGCUUCCGUCUCCAGGGUCGCAUCGAAGGUAACAUCGACAGGCUGCGCAAGUUCCGGGAGAAGCAAGUCAAAUCGCAGACGGGAAAUACCCCCAAGAAGCAGAACGAUGCCGUCCCAGAAGCCGCCGGGAAGAAGAAUCAGAAGAGGGCAGGAUCCACUUCUCCCCCUCCGGCGCCUAGAGUGACGAAGAAGAGGAAGUUCAUGGAUCUGUUCGAGGAUGAGAGUGAAAACCCAGAAGAUGAGCCUAAGAGCGAGAGAACCAGGGGUAAGAAAUUUCCGGCGAGGAAAUUGGUUGGGGAGUUUGAGAGGGUUGCCAAGGAAACUGAGGCGAAGAAAAAGAACGGUAAGACGCAGGAAUUCGUAGAAUCGGUUGGGGUGAGGACAAGGAGAAGUGGGUUGGAGAAAGGCCAUGACAGGGGUGCUGAUUCGGUGAUGAAGAUUGUGGAAGAGUUGAACAAAGAGGGUUCCGAAGGGAAGAAGUCGAAGACGAGAUUGAGGAAAGUUGGGGAAGAUGGCCAAAAGGUUCCUGCUGAUGCUGGAGGCAAUGGUGGGAGUGUUAGGACUUCGCCAAGGUUGGCAAAGCAAAAAUCGAGCUAGAUCUGAUCGUGUGUUUAGGGUUAGUCCUUUAUCUUUCGGCGAUUUAACGGUUUUCCUU